UUGUCUUCUGUUUUUCUUUCUCAGUCACUCUUCACAGUUCACACUUCACACACACUCUCUACUCUCUAUCCCUUGACUUAGCAAACCGACAACCAUGGCCACUUCUCUAAGGCUGUUCUCUUCCUUUUCCUCCGCCAAAGCGGCGUCGCUGAUGCCCAAAUCUUCACCUACUCUCAUGCUCUACUGCUCUCCUGCUAACCUGCGCAUGGUGCGCACUGUCACCUCCGCCACCGUGUCCUCCAACGAAGCCCCACAGAAGCGCGCUCCACGUGGCAUCAUGAAGCCCCGCCCUGUCUCGCCGGAGAUGCAAGACCUCGUUGGAGUCCCCGAGAUUUCUCGUACCCAAGCUCUCAAGCAGAUUUGGGCCCACAUUAAGGAGCACAAUCUUCAGGACCCUGAAAACAAGAGGAUCAUAGUUUGCGAUGACAAGCUGAAGAAGAUAUUUGGAGGAAGAGAGCGGAUUGGGUUUCUCGAGAUUGCAGGGCUGAUUAGUCCUCACUUUAUUAAGUGAAACCAAGAGCAUGCAAGAGAACCAAGAUGGAGUUUGUGGAAAUCUUUUGUAUGUGGAGGGGCCGUGUUUUGGUUGAUGAUUAAGGACUACUCUUUUUGCAAACCUAGUAGUGGUGUUAGCCUUAGUAUUUAAGAGUCUUUAAUUCCAGGUUCCUUAAUUUGUAGGCUUUUUUUUAAUGCAAUAUGAAUAGUGAAUGCCAGUUUCUACUU